AUGGAGUCCCCGUUCCGGGCGGACGUGGUCAAGGGCAAGGCGGCGCUGGUCACAGGCGGGGGAUCCGGCAUCUGUUUUGAGGUCGCCGCCCAGCUCGCGCGCCACGGAGCGCAGGUCGCCAUCAUGGGCCGCCGCCGGGAGGUCCUCGACAAGGCCGUCGCCGCGCUCCGCUCCCAGGGCCUCCAGGCUGUUGGUUUCGAUGGAGAUGUCCGCAAGCAGGAGGACGCGGCCAGAGUGCUCGCUGCGACAGUAGUGCAUUUUGGCAAGCUUGACAUUCUUGUCAACGGUGCAGCUGGAAACUUCCUUGCUUCCCCGGAGGAUUUGACGCCCAAGGGAUUCCGGACUGUUCUUGAGAUCGACACUUUGGGUACAUACACAAUGUGCUAUGAAGCCCUCAAGUAUCUGAAAAAGGGUGGGCCAGGAAAAGGUCCGUCCACUGGUGGCCUAAUCAUUAACAUAAGUGCAACACUGCAUUACACUGCGACUUGGUACCAAAUUCAUGUCUCUGCUGCUAAGGCUGGGGUUGAUAGCAUCACAAGAUCACUGGCUCUGGAGUGGGGAACAGAUUAUGACAUUAGAGUCAACGGGAUUGCACCCGGACCAAUUCAAGACACCCCGGGACUGAGGAAGCUUGCACCUGAAGAAAUGAGCAAGGGCCGUCGAGAAAUGAUGCCAUUAUUCAAAUUUGGGGAGAAGCGGGACAUAGCUAUGGCUGCACUCUACCUUGCUUCUGAUGCAGGCAAAUAUGUAAAUGGGACUACACUGGUGGUUGAUGGAGGUCUUUGGUUAAGUCAUCCUCGCCAUAUUCCCAAAGAGGAAGUGAGGGAGCUCUCAAAGGUUGUCGAGAAGAAGGCUAGGACCUCUGGUGUUGGUGUGCCGACCAGCAAAUUGUGA